AUGGUUCAUACACGGUUUUCGUCUGCAUCUCCUGCAUCUCAAACAAAUAUUCCAAAUUCUAAAUCAAAUGUGAAAUCUGCAGUUGCUUCUGGUAUGAAUUUCCUAAUUCAUCCGAAUAACCGCUGUUCUUCAAAAAUUGCUUCUACAAUCAAAUAUUCUUUGAUUGAAGCUAUCCAUGAGAAGCUUUCAACAAAGCAAGUUAGUGAUUUUGGUGAUUCUUGUUUUGGCCAUUUCCUAAAACUGUCAGAGUUCACAAUGCAACAUCAGCUUAUACAUAAUCUAUUGCUAAGAGUUGCAACAACCCAACAAGCUAGAGAUUUGGGUUGGUGUCAAUGGCAUGAAGCUUCGAUUUGGGUUAAGGGAGUUUGCAUUAGUCACCGAAUUACGAAUGAUGAGGAUGCCUUGAAGAUUACAUUGUUGCAUUUUCUGCACAAUUUUUUGCUUAGUUCUUCUGAAACUAAUAAUGUCCCCAAAGAAGACUUUAAUAUUAUUGAUAGUGGUGAGUUUUCUGAAUUUCCUUGGGGUAAAGAAGUUUUCAAGGCUACUGUUGAAAUUUUAAAGAAAAUGAUUGUUGUAAAAAAUAGUGAAAAAGAGAGCAACAAAGAUGACAAGAAAAAAGAACAGGCUUUCUAUAGGUUGCUUGGAUUUUCAUAUGCCUUCCAAGUAUGGUUUUUUGAGUGUUGUCCAUAUUUGAAUGGGAGAUAUUGUCAUCUCAGUCAAGGAUCCAUCCCACGUAUUCUCAAAUGGUCAAGCACCAUUCAGCCUACAUUUGCAGAAGUGACCAAGUUGUUAUCUUUGAAUGUUGCUGAGUUGAAAUUGAGGAAUAUAUAUCCUACUUCCAAGGAGAGAAAAAAUUCAGAAAUAAACAGUUUGUUUCCAAAAGAAAAGGAAGCUAUUGAGGAUGAAAUCGGUGUUGCUGAUAAUGUUAGAGUUGCUCAAGGACAUAGAGCAACUAAUUCUAGAGUUGCUGCAUUAGGAGAUGAUGACUUUGUAGAGACUCCACCUCAGUCUGUUGCUAGUGAUUCUUCACCUUCUUUGCCUGCUAUUCAUCCUCACUUUGAUGCUGGUGGUUGUUCAUCUCCUACGCCUGAGAUGCCUCAUGUUUCGCUAAGUAGCAUGCAUGCACAGUUGCUAGCUUUAGAGGCAUGCAACAAGAUAUUAGAAGAAAGCAACACAAGAUUAGAAGCAAGCAACAAGAAAUUAGAAGAGAGCCACAAGAUUGUUAUUAAUGAGUUGUCUUCAUUGAAGAGUCAUGUCCAUGAAGGAUUUUUGAAUCUUCAGAAGUUAUUUAGUUCCCAUUUUGUAGGGAAACAGGAGGACAAUACCAACAUUGUUGAUGAUGAAAUGGUUGAAAAUAAUUCGAAAGAAGAAGAUGAAAAAGAGGAGGAUGAGUCUGAAGAAGAAGAAGUGCAUCAAUCUGAAAAAGAUAACGAUGAAAGUGAUGAUGAUGAUGAUGAUGAUGAUGAAGACAAUGCAAAGUGUUUUGGAGAAGACAAUGAUGAUGAAGAAGAAGAGAAAGAUGAUAAUCAUGAAAAAAACAAUGGAGGAAACAAGGAUAAGGAUUCUAAGGUUGAUGAUUCUCAUGGUUCUUGUCAAGUUCCAUCUCAAGUUGCCCAGGUUGAUGAAGUUGCUAGUCAUGUUGCUGGUGAGGUUGUUGAUUCUCAAGUUGCUAAAGAUCCAGAAGUUGCUGGAGUUGCAACUGAGGUUGCAGAGGCAGUUGCUGAAGAUCCAAAAGUCUCUUUUUUGGAUUCUUUAUCAGACAUUGAAUUGGAUAAGGCUAUAGAAAAUGCAUAUAAAGCUGUAGAUGCGAUGAAGGCAACUGGGGUAACUUCUAUUCCUUGCACAACUAUUGUCCCUUAUGUUGGUAGUAGUGAGAGUAACUUAGGAUAUGUUACUCCUGCUCUACCAAAAAGGACAAUUAAGCUUCCACCUUGCCUGCAGUCACCUUUUUUGCAAACUUUUUGUUCUUCUUCUGGGGAAAGUAGUGUGAUUAAAUCAACAGGAGGAAUCAAGGUUGUCAAAGGACUUUGCCCAUUAGAUGACAAAAUUGGUGAAUUGCCUGACUUUGUCGCUGUUCAAGAAUUCUAUGUAUGGCUUGAUAAAGGAAUGAAAAGUAAUAACAAAUUGAGAUUGUACUCGAAAGAAGACAACCUUAUCAUACCUGGGUUACAACUUGGGCAUGUUGAUGUAGUCUUUUAUUAUUUGAGGAAGAAAGGUAUGUAUCAUGACUCUACUGUUUUGAAGUUCACUACAACUGAUACUACCUUUCAAAAGAGGAUUGAAGCCAUUUAUGAUUCUUUUUUAAAGAAGAAUCGCGAUCAUGGGGUAAUGAAUCGUAACCAUGUUAUUGCUGAGGUUAUGAUGGGCUUUGGAUUGAGUUGCAACAAAUCUUGGCUACAAGUAGAUCAUGUUCUUUUUCCUAUUUUAGUUAAGAAUGAAAAGCAUUGGCUUCUUGCUAUAUUGUCUUUCAAAGAUAGGUUGAUUCAUGUUUACAAUACUUUGAGUUGUGAUCGUAAGGAUCAUGUUGCCUUGCUAGCUAUAGAACCAUUUCGUGUGUUGCUGCCAACUUAUUUGUCUAUCAUUGGAUUUUAUAAGCGAAUUGAUAUAGACUUCUGUUCAAAGCCUUAUUUUGGGAGACCUCAAGCUGUUUCUUUUGAAGUAGUUAUGGAUGAUGACGUUCCUUCUGAGUCGCCUAUAGACAGUGCAAUAUCUAUGUUCUCUUUUGCUGAGUAUUUCAUUGCCGGAAAAGAGAUUCCAAGAUGUAAUUUUGAUGUUGAAUGUCAUAGGUCUAGGCUUGCUUAUUUACUAUACUCAUAUGCAAUGGGAAAACAAGAAUGUGGAUAUGAGAGUGCACGAGAGUAUGCUUUGUCGUGA